AUGGCUAACCCGCGAACAGUCAUUAAUCCAUUUACCAAGAAUGAACACCGCAUGCGACGGAACACGAGGGGUACGAAAUGGGUCACAGCUGGCCCUUCGAUGGUAAUCAAACAGGAACUUGACACUGAGCAGCGGCCAACACAGCCCAACCAUUACAAGUUCAGUUUACUCAGCGACUCAAAUGACGGGCCCACCGAGACGCGUGUGUCGUCAUCGAUAAGACACGAGACAAAACCACCAUCACUAUCUUCAAAGCCUUCUGCAACCAAUACGAAGGUAUCAUACCAGGAAAGCUAUGUAGUAGCACCAAGACUUCUCGACUUCUCGAAGCUUGAACAGACCUGGAAGAUAUCAGACUCGGCCGUCCUUCCUCGCUGUUCAGCGUCAACAGUACGGCCUGAGCAAGGAACAAAGCGCAUGCGGAAGAACCAGAUUUUGGAUAAACCAUCUGAUGCUGAUGAAGCUACAAUCCGGAAGCAAAAACGUGAACAGAAGCAAGCUGUUUCCGGUCCGACUCAUUGGUACCGCACAGCUAAGAACAUCUACACUGCAGGCCCAAAGGGUGAGGGACAGAAGGUUUGGGAAGCGUACCAGCAGACACUUGGCCAUAAGAAAGCUGAUAAUGGGCCCUCUGAGAUCAGGCCUCCCGAAACAAUGGUGAAAGUGAAGAUCGAAAGGCGACCGCCUUGUCCUCUUCCACCCCCAACAAGUCCUGAUGGAGUUCUCUUCCCACCGCUGCGGCCGCGGACGUCUCAUACUGAUAACAGUAACAAAGUAAACAUACCCGACAGGCCAGAUGCGCGGAGAGAUUCUGGCUUCUUGAGCUCAAUCUAUGGACCACCGAUAGCCGCUGAAAGAACAGUUGGAUCAAUAGUUGAUGUGAGCAACGCUCACCCUCCCUUCCCAAGAAUAGACACAGCACCGAAGGUACGAAGAGCUAAAGACGUGCCAAUCGUAGAUUUCCAACAGCCCGCUGAGAAGGAAGAGUCCAACUCAUGGUGGAAACAUUCGCCUUCCAGAGCACCUCAAUCUUUGAAGUCCAAGAUCUCACGUCCUGUCCCACUAAUAGAACCAAUCCAAGAUACCACAGUCAACGUAACUGUAGAACGCGGUAGAAUUGCCGGACCUACAGCUGAACUUCCCCUUCCCGUAACCCGCACUGACGUUCCCUUUUCCCAGCCGUCUUACGUCCAUGAGAAGACUAAAGAAACUGGCCGACCCUCACCUCGAGCUUUUCAUCUCCCUGGGUUCCAUCUCAGUCCUGCUAAGAGCAAACGCAACGGCCGAGGGAAAGCAAAUGUAGAUGCGAACGACGACGCUCACUCGACACACUGGCACGACAAGGUCGUAGGACCAACGUUGAAGACCGACUCUAGACAGCGUACACUCAGGGAGAAAGAAGACAUUUUCGGAAAUUAG